AUGCAUCAUCCCGUUCGCACGCGUUGCAAAGCAGGAGAAUGAUACAAUCUUUCUCAGGCCGCCCAUAUCGCCUGCAGGGUCAGGUCAGUCCAUGGCCCGUUCAUCGUCCGACCUCAGUGGGCCAAGCACACGUGCGACAAGUUACGGCUCUUAUGCUUCCUAUGGCCCUUACCCCCGCCCUUCUUUGGCUCAUAGAGCAUCAGAGCCCCACAUCUUUAUGCUUUCUCGCUCCUCCCUUGUACCGGAGAUUCGCAGAUCAGGACAUGGAGGACUCGUACACUUCUAAUGGAUUAUCUAGAUUCAGCUCGAUUGCUAGCAUCUGUGGGAACGACACCAGCGUGACCAGCGCGAUUUAUUCAAGCGUCGGCAGCUGCGUUGGCCUCGUUUGCCUACCAAUAUAGGGAGCACCUGUUAUGACAGGAACCAGUGUCCUCUUCCCCUGCUUACACUGAACGGUCAUCAAAAAGAACCAGCAACUCAGCGCGCGAUACAAGUCUGUAGUACUUCGUUCUAUUAGGUGCAUAGCUCGUGCAAUACAUUCUAGAGACCGGGAUUACUUCAUUUUAUUAACUCUCGUUCCGCCUGCUCGUACCUGUACAUGCUCAUCAUACUUUGCAACAGUACGCAGUAGCGCAUUGAUAUCGUCGAUAGUCAUGUCAGAUGCUUUUUGCUUCUUUCUGUGGGUAGAUAUUGUUGUUGUGCCAGCGCUAUGGCGGUUGACGUUGAGUGGGGGCUAAGCAAAAGCUGCCCAAGUUGGGAAUAAAAAGUUCGACCAGCUUCACAAAGCCCC